UUCUUUUGACUUUCCCUUUUGUUUUCGGGUAUCUAAGAUCGACCCUCACGGGCCCCAGCUAAAAUUUGUGAAAUAAAUAGGAAAGGGGAAUUGAAUGAUACUACAAAAAAUUGUACAAUCAGAUAAGAUUGGGGGUUUUUCAAGAUAGUAUAUGGAGUAUAAUGUUAUCGUCCUUGAAUUAAUUAUGAGUAGAGAUCCAGUGCAUGUUCCCGUUGGUUCGGUGACACGAGCUAGAGCCAAGAAGUUCAAGGAAAGCUUAAUGAUCUUGGUUGAGGAGAUCUGGAAACAAGAGUUGAGAAAGCCGAUCGGAGAUAAUGGAGUUAGCGAGCAGAGUUCAAGUGUGAUGAAUCUUAUUACGUAUAGAGCAGAGCAGAAUGGAAUGCCAGAGCAGAGCAGAGCUGCCAGAGCAGAGCAAACGGUCCAGAGCAGAGCGAACUUACAGAGCAGAGCGGACUUACAGAGCAGAGCGUACUUCCAGAGCAGAGCAGAGCUAAGUUUCAGAGCUGACUAAAGUCCAGAGCUGGCGUCCCAGAACAGAGUUGGCGUUCUCGCCAGAGUUGUCUAAGCUUGCUGAACAAGUUUUCUUUUGUUUCCUUGUUUUUUACGUUGUUUCCUUCAUUAGAUUAGGGUUUAGUUUUGCCUAUAUAUAUGGCUGCAUGUGAACGAAAAACAUACCUUAUUUCUUAUAUAAAA